CAAGACAUGCGCUCAGGUGUCGUGUUUAAACGUGUUGUGCUAAAUUUAUCAUUAACCUAUACUUCUUUAUUUCGUGGAAAAAGUAGUUCCAAAUAUUUCUAUUUUCGAAACGAAAUGAAUUAGGAAAACAGUUAAAUACUGAAAAUUGGACUUAAGAAGUCGGAUUCAUUAAGCAAUUACAAUGAAUGAAGGGUCUGGAAAUCAGUUACAAGAUGUGGACGUCGAAGAAGAAAAUGCUGCAUUGUUUGAUAAGAUUAUUAAGCUCCUGAAAAGAUCAGAUCGAAAAAAAAAUGCUGAAGUGAUUAUGUUGAUUGGCAGGAUCGGAGCAGGCAAGAGUGCUCUAAUAAAUACCAUUCAAAAAGUAUUAACCGGAGAAUACUAUCCGAUAGCUCAAAUGGGAAGCGGGAAGGCACAGUCUGUUACUCUAGAUUUAGAAAGACAUGAUAACUGCGGCAUUUCUUUGGAACAUUUAGAAGAUGAAGAUCGCAGACAUACGAAAAUAAAGGAAAUAUUUCCCAAACUUCCACAUAUUGUCGAUUGUGCUGGAUUAGGAGACGUGGAUUCUCCACAGUUACGAGAGAUAUUGGAACUACUAAUUGGAGGAUUUAUACCACCAGACACAAAUAUUGGAUCUUUGGAAAAGCAACAGAAGGAAAAUGGGGUCGGGUGUCUAAGUAAACUAUUUCCGACAGCAAACCCUGCUUGGAUGGUAACAAAGGUUGUCUUCAUGCAAAGCUGCAGAGAUCAAAUACCUAAAAAUCUCAUUGAAUGCCUGACAGGAAUCUUGAAAAUAACAGAUUAUUAUACAUGUAAAAGAAAAUAUACUCCGGAAGUUUUCUUACUUCUCACUAAAUAUGACCUAGUUGAAGGCCAUACUGUGCACUUUUCUAAUACCAAUGACGAAGGCAGCAUGACUCUUGAGGAAUUUGGGAUAUUCGAAGAUAAUAUUGCUCAAGAGUUUAAUAUAGUUGGAGCACUUAAAGCCAACAGAAUCCGCUGGGCCAGUUACUCUGACAGAAUACAGGGUGAUAACCAGUAUAUAGAGAACAUCGCUCUGAAGUUUCUGAAACGAAUGGUACAGCCUGGACCUCCAUCACAUAAGCCUUCAAAACCUGUGGUCGGCGUCUCAACAACUAUUCAACUGUUCAUCUUCAGAAUAGGCAACAAGUUGAAACGAUUCUUUUUACAAGACGUGCAUCUCAACAUCUCACCGGCGUUGGUUGUAUUACUGAUCGUGUUUGCCGUGGUAAUCGCUAUGCUGUAUAAGCUGUUGUCAGUUAAACCAGAAGUUAAAACAUAGUUAAAUACAGUGAACAAAAACUUGCCUGACCAACAUUGACGUUCACUUGCGGUUCAUGUAAAGUAACCACUCAUAAGUAGAAUUAUAUAUGUUUGUGUCAUACAUAUACUUUGAUGAGAAGAGGUACUGGAAAAACUUUUGAUGUAAAUAGUUUGCGUGUAUCAAGACAUCGGAUCAAAGAACCUAUAUUUCAAAUGUUUCUUUCUUAUUGUGUAUAUCUGAUUAUUGAAAAUCUAAAAUCCUUGCAAGCGCAUGAACCUGGGGAAAUUUUGGAACAUCGUCUGUACCUUGCACUACCCGCUUCACUACAAUUACUUACAGUUUCUGUAAAAAUCGCUAUGUUUGUGUAUGUGGCAGCAACUAUUAAAAAACUUACAAUACAACUUAAAUAUGCUACUAUGGGAACAAAUCUGAUGUGCGGUAUAAGUCAUAAAGAGUUCAUAUAACAGUGAUACAUAUUUUCCAGGUAAUAACAUGCAUCCACUAUUUAUUACACCACCUAUAAAUGAAAACAAUGCCUGUAACGAAUAGCAUCAAAAACAUUGCUGUUUAUAUAAUUCAUGUUAGUUUUUGCUGAAGUUACAUGUACUACAAUAUUUUCAUAUUUGAGUCUGUAUUCAGAUGUGUCUUUGUAAUAUUUAUUUGAUAAGACCUUUAAAAAAACAUACCUAGAUUUAUCCCUAGAAACUUUGUAUUUAGUGCUUCUCUUAUACCAAAUGCCGUGCUGCAGGAAUGAAUCUUAUCUUGAUAUACUAGAUUUUAAGAAAAAUAGAUAUACUUUCAGUGCUUUAUGAAUAUCUUCACAGCCAAUAAUGAUUGAGCAAGGUCUUUACUUUGGUAUAGACAGAGACAGGAGAUUUUAUUAUUGCAACAUUUUUGUUGAAAAUGAAUGUCAUUUAAUAUUUAUAUGUCCUUUGUAGAAAAUACAUACCGAGAGCAUUCUAUGAAAAUCAAAUAUAAUCAUAAGUUUAAUAUUUUGUUGGCUUUCAAAAAUGAAAGUAUUAUUACAAAUAUUGCAGUUUAUUUAUAUAUAAAUGUUUAAAAGUUACGUUUGUCUCAGAAAGAUACAGUUUAAAUGUAUGCUGUAUGUUUUACAUAUGCCAUAACUUUUGUAUCUAUAUUUUAUAUAAUUUAUAUUUUAUAAAAGCAUUAUUUUCAUUAUAGCUAGAGCCUGGUACAAUACUUCUAUUAAAUGGCGGCAGUCUCAGAGUAAUGUAUGAAUGAGUGGCUAAAAGGCGCUCCUUUACCAUUCAAAGCUGGAUGUUGACUUUCAAAACUUUGCCUUUACCUAAUUAGGGUUUAAACCAUUCAAUGGAAGUAAAAUUCUUUUAGGCGAGGUAACAAUACAACUGGUUUAAUGAAGAUUAUUGGUUCUACUCAGGCAUCUGCCCAUGCCUAAUAUGGCGGUCACUCGGACUUUUCAUUACCAUUGAAAGCUGAAAAAUUGCCAUAUUUCUAAAAUGUUUUGGUGUGACAUAAACCCUUGAACAAAACAACAUUUUAUGGCUCAGUCCCUGAUCACAAUCUUACGUUGUACAUAUAUGUUUUAAGUUUAACAUCACAUCGAUACAGUGCAGGAUAUAUGGCAACAUUCUAUCUGUAACUGUUGAGGAAGAAACACGUGCCUUUUUGUGCAUGGGUGGGCACCUGGUAGAACCGCUGCCCUUCCGGAAGCAGGCUGGAUGAUUCACGUAAAUUAUCUACAUAGAACUGGAUAUUCAAUUGGUAUGUCAAUCACAUCCUUUUAAAAUGAAGAAAAAGUUCAACCUUUACCGGACUAAGCUGAAUGAAAUAUGAUUACAAAAGAGGACCAAUGGCGUUGAAUGUAGGAGAAUAAAGUAAAUUACCAAUGUAAAACUCGGUAAUGUUCAGCCAGAGUAAUGUUUAGAUAAAAAUGAGAAUAUUUAUUCAUAUCAGCAUAUAUAUGUAUAGUAAACCUUUUCCUAAUUUCAGAAAUUUCACAACUAGAGACGCAUUUGAGAUGUCUUUGCUACCAUUUCUUGAUACCACAAGAAAUCAAAGAAUUGAAGGCACUUCAGUUCAGCUCUGUGACAUUUUCUUUCGUAGAUUCAACUCUAGUCUCAUCUGUUAGGCGACAUUUAAUUCAAGAAAAAUUUAAACCAAAUUGAUAAAUACAAUAUAGCCGUUAAGCUGUCUUUGUCAAACAAAUGUUUACAUGUAUUUAAUUAAGUGGUCAAAACUAAUGCACUUUUACCUCAAGAAAAUUUUAUAAUAAGGCCGUGUUGGGUGGUUGUAAUACUCAAGUUCCCUAUUUGCAACUGUUAAUACUCAGUUGUCUCAAGAUUUUGGAUAAAAUGUGACUGAAAUCAUCAAAUCACGAAAGAAUACGUACCAUUAAUGUUUUUGUGUGUGAAAAAUAUGACAUUUUUUAUAUCUAAAUUUAGAUGCAAACAUGUUACACCAACAAGUUCAUAUGCUUAAAUUUGCCUAUUAGCAAUUCUUGUUCGUGUAAAGCUGUAGAUAGUUUUUAAAGUCAUAUCCUACUUAAAGUAAUUCAUAACUGUUCAAUGACAUGCUAAUUCACAUUGCUUUCUACAACAGUAUCCCAAUUUAUGACACUAUCAUAUUUUAUUGUUGUAGGCUUCCAGUAUUAGAUUUUGGAAACACUGUACUCUUACAUGUUACGAGUGCUCUAGCUGAAGUGACGAUGUUCAAAUGAUAGGAAAAUCUGACAACAACUCUAAUCUCAUCACCAUAUUUUGUGUUUUCAUAGGUAUGCAUUGCAGCAGGAACCUUUGCUACAUCAUGUCAAUUUUGAUUUAAAAUACAAUGUCUUUAAAUAAUUGA